GUUAGCCAAAAGUGGUCUCAAGUGAUGUCAUAUUGAGUCAGCUCAGUGACAACAACUAACACUUGGGCUGUUGAUACAUUGACACAAAGGUACAGAUGGAGUCGUCACUUCCCGAAUGGGUGACAAAAGUAUUUUUUGAACAGAGUCUCCGUAAAGAAGAAAACAACAACAACAUUGUGGUAACAAACUUGACCACUUCAUCAGCUGUUCCUCCUGGCAACAACUAUGGGAGCUUCAUCAUCAGAGUUGAGCUGGAGUGGAGAGUGGACCAAGAUGAUUCUGUGGUGAAGACUUCAAGAUUCAUUGUCAAAAAUGAACUUACUGAAGGGCCGAUGAAAGAAUUGGCAACAGAAUUCAAUCUGUUGGAACCUUCAUUCUACUAUAACUUUAUACCAAAAGCAAAAGAGUACUGUGAUGUUAAUUUUGCUGCCAAAAGCUUCUUUUCUCCAAAAUCAACUGUGACAAUACUUGAAGACUUGAAAGAAAAAGGAUUUGUUAUGGCUAAUAGAACAAAGCUGUUAGACUUUGACCACUGCCGCCUCUAUAUGAUUGCAGCGGCUUCAUUUCACUCGGUGUCUGUUGCGGUUUUCAAAAAGUAUCCUGAAAUAUUGCAGCCUAUUAAGAAAGAAAUAAGGUUCUCGAAUGAUUCAAAAGUCCGAGAGCUGUUUAUAUCUCUAAUUAAUGGUGGGAUGAAUAGGUUUAUCAGAGAAAUGGAGAAACUGGUUACAAUGAAGGAAUUUCUUGACACAGUAAAAGACAUUACACCGCAUCUAUGGGAUAUUCUGGUUGAAACACACAUACCAAGUGGUGAAUUAAUUAAGACAAUCAAACAAGGAGAUCCAUGGAUACCCAACAUGAUGUUUAGGUACGACAAGAACGACACAGUGUGCGACAUCAAGAUCAUUGACUUCCAGGGGACAUCAUAUGGGUCGCCUAUAUCUGAUUUGACGACAUUCCUUUGGUCUAGUGCAAAUUUUGAUGUGAAGAGAAACAGAUUGGACAAUUUGUACAGAAUAUAUCUUGACAGUUUUAACGAAAAUCUAAAGCUAUUCAACUGUGAUGAAAGACUAACAUAUGACCAGAUGAUGGCAGAGGUGAGAAGGUUUAGUCCAUUGGCUCUGUAUAUUUCUAGUUCUUGGCUGCCUGGUCUUGUACACCCAGAUCCGUUGGACUUUUCUUUUUUCUUCUCUGAGGACAAGGAAUCUGAAGUUGACAAAUUCUUUGGAAAAUAUUACAAUGAUGAAUAUUGUGCAAAGUUCCUUCCAAAAGUGUUGGAGUCUUUGGAAAUCAACGGAAUUUUUAACAACCUAGUCGUUCACAGAAAGUAGUGGAGGUUUUCAUUUACAUUUUAAUAAUUUUUAACGUCAGUUUUUAAGUUUUUUUAAAAACCAAAACGACUUGUCAUUAAAUUAAACUUAAAAGGUAAUAAAGUUAAUUAUUUUUUUA